AAUGUUGAACUGAGGCCUGCAACCGUAGAGCACAGACAGUUGACACUGGCUAUUGACUGGAGAUCUGAGCUGCCACAUAUACUUGACAAAUGAUGAUGGGUAUUCUACGAGUACAAGAGCUGGUUUCCGGCAAGAAAUGUGAGGGUAAAGAAUCCGGAGAUGUGCAGUAUUCAGAGGGAGAAUACGAGACAUCAGUCAACCAGGAGAAACAAGAUGACCUGAGAUCUCACAAUGACAACCUGGCUGACACAGAUGUCCCAAUGAAUUUAAAUGUAGACAAAUCUGGACAUCUGCGGUUAGAGACAAUUGAUGACCUCCAGAAUAUGCUGCAACUGAGGAAGUCGAGAAAGAGAGUGAGAAGAGUACAAGUUCGCAAGCCACCACCCGCACCAGAGACUGUGCCUUACUAUGUGGAUGAGGUGGACUUCUUCAAGGCCUGUGAGGAGAACAAACUGCCAUUGAUCGAGAGGUAUCUGGAAAAAUCGGGAGAUGUCAAUGCUUGUGACAAUUUCAGACGUACAGGCCUGCACAGAGCUUGCACACAGGGACAUGUGGACGUUGUAAAGAGGCUACUGGAGGCCGGAUCUUUAAUUGAGAACAAAGACAAGCUGGAUGCCACUGCUGUCCAUUGUGCCUGCCGAGGAGGAAGCAUGCUUGUGUUAAAACUGCUGCUCAACCACGACGGCAGCUUCUCUGCCAGGGAUAAGCUACGCAGCACUCCCCUUCAUGUUGCAGUGAGAACCGGACACUAUGAAUGUGCUGAACAUCUCGUCCACUGUGGAGCGGACAUCAAUGCCAAAGACCGAGAAGGUGAUACCCCCAUGCACGAUGCAGUAAGACUGAACAGAUUCAAAAUCAUCCAACUACUCCUGCUUCAUGGGGCCAAUCCAAAACUCAAGAAUUGUGAGGGGAAGUCACCAUUGGAUAGCACUCUGGAGUGGCAGAGUGGGGCUAAAUCUAUUCUCAGCAACUUCAAGGAUGAUGCAAAAACUCCAGUCAAGUAAAGUCCAGUUCAGUUAAAUUGCAUUUUACACAAGUCUCAAACUCAGAAUAAGUAGAUAACAGCAAAGACUAACCCAGUUCCUUUGUGGAGAGUGGUUGUCAAAGUGAGUCUAUCUGUUGAUUAUGGACAUACAGCUUCUAAGGUUUCAAUGAACGCUAGGCUGACUUCAAGACCGGAGUCAUUUCUUGCGAACUAGCAGAGGUUUGUGCUGAAACAAGUAACUUUGCAUUUGCUUCCAAGGAUGUUUGUUUCUUUAUAUGCAGUUUAUUGGAGGUCUGAGAUGCUCAAGAAGGUUGAAAAGGUUGACAAAUAACUAUAUGGGGAAAGAGAAAGUUGAAAGUUUGGAAAAUGUAGAUGGGACUUGACUUAUGACAUCAGCAUGACUAUACUAUGCAUUCAGUUAAGUACUAAAUUGUAGUUUAAUUGUUGAAAAAAAAUACUUUGAAUCAAUAUAUUCUUAAUUUCUCUUUAAUAUAAAAGAACAGUGAGCUGGUGGCUUCAAACUGAUUUAGUGGUAGUCAGUGAGAAUACAGGAUUUGAAAAUGCUUGUAUGAUUCUAAUGCACUUCCUGAAGUAAUUUUAAUUGUUCUACUACAUGUUUACCUUUAACAUUUUGCUUGUUAUUUUACAUUACGUUAUGAAAUAAACAGCAUUGCCGUUGC